GAAAAGAGCUGGCCAGCCUUCAAGGAGAAAGGAGUUCUCAGUUGUAGAGAAAGUCAAGAUUGCAGAGGACUUGGAGAGUAUGCAAAAGGAAUCUUCCAGCAGCAAAGAGCUCUUCAAGAAAGGCAGGUCCAGAUAUGGCCUAGACACCAGGACCUUGAAGCACCUCAUGUCCAAAAAGAAACACUUUGAAGACCAAAAGUCAAAGUUGAAGAUGAAGAGAGGCAGAGUUGUAGGGUCAAGGUUAGUCAGGGCAAAGGGUGCAGGCAGAAAGUUGGAGUUUCAGAAGGAGAUUGACAAGGUCAAAGAAAUGAUUUUGAAGGAGAGGUCCAAUGGAGUUGUGCUUGCAAAGGGUGACCUCCUGGAUGAGUUUCUAGCACAACUGAUUUCUUCAGCCCAAGAAUGUUUGAAGCAAGCAGAGCUUUCAAAGAGUGAGGCCCAGAAGAAGUCUUGGAACCUUGAAGCCAAGUAUUACUUUGCCAGAAGGGACAAACUUCUAGGCAGCAAGAAGUACAGGCAGUCUUUCUCCACAAGGCUUUUAGAGUACUGUGGUUCAAAGGAAGUGAGCAAGGAGUUGGUAAGCCCUUUGAGUGCACUUGAAGAGAAGACGCGGGCUCAAUUGUCUUGGCAAGCCAUUGACAGAAUGGUGUGGCUUGCAGGUGCAUCCCCUGAGGAAGACCUCUUGAAGUCUGAUAUCUUUGCAGACCCCAAGGAUGUGUUGAAGCCUGAAGUUAGGGAAUUGCUGACCAUUGGCUUUUCAGACCAGGUCCCACUUUGGGCCAAAGCUGAGAGUUCAAAGAUGGUGGUUUCUAGUGCAGAACUUUCAGGCAUCACAACUGCAGACAGGAAGCAGUUUGAUCUGUUCAGGAAAGACAUGCUUCAAGCUGUUGAUUUCUUCAAUCCAGAAGAUGCGUCCAGCCAGGUGGUGACCUUGGAAGGCGUAAGCAAGUUUGCAGGUGAAAGGAGGAUUGCAGGAAGUUUGACUGCCAAGGGGGUUGCAGAGAAUUCCAAGUUUAGAAUCACUUAUGAGGCGCGCCAAAGGAUUGUAGGCCUGCCAGUUGGGAGUGAUGGUGUUAGAGGGGAGGUUGCUGCUGGACUCCUGGUUUUUCCAGGGGUGCAUGCAAGGCUGUCAAAUCUUGACAGCAAUGGCAGGUGGAUUAAAAGUGAGGAGUUUGAAGUUGCAGGUCAAAAGAUUGUUCACAAGGCAGGUGAGGCUUCAAGGGCCUUGAAGUGGGCUGUUGAUUUGAGGAAGGAAGCUCCUGAGCUGUUUGAAGGCAAGCUGGACAUUAUGAGUCAGCCUUCCUGCAACCUUGACAGUGUUCUUUUGAAGUGGGUGAUUGAAGACCAGAUUGAAAAAGAACCUGUUGCAGUCUGGAUUAGAGAUAGCUUUGCAGCCAUUUUUUCUGAUGAGAUUAGAGAAACCCAGGCCCUUGGAAACCAAGUUUCAGCAAUUCUUUUAGGCAAGACAACCCAAAGGUUGCAGCUGACAGACACAGAUUUUGCCAAAGCCUUCAAGGCUGAUUUCAGAAAGGCUCUUGCAGAGAAGAGGAGUUCUCACAGGCAGUCUGGCAAGGAGGGUACUUUCAAGAUUUCCUACAGGACAGUGAUUGAAGCCACCCUUCAAGCCCAGGAGGCUGCAGUCAAGAGAAACUUGGAGACUUCAUGGGUGAUUAAAGGAGCCUUCAGAAAUGCACUUGUCAUUUACAGGCCAGACUUCAAGAGUGGGACUUUGAAGCCACUUGAAGCAAAGGAUUGUGGUCUUAAAGAAUUGGACCUUGGGAGCCACAGGAUUCCAAGUGAAUGGUUGGUUCCCAGAAAGAGCUGGUUGCAGAAUGGCAUUCCAAUGGAGCCAGAGUUCUCUUUGAGCCAGGCAGCAACCAAUCUUCAGAACCUUCUAGACUGGGCUGCUUACACAAACCCAGCCCUUGAAGAUGAGGAGGAGAAUCCCCUAGACAUUGAUGAUUCCAUUGAAGAGUCUCUGGGGCUUGGUUUGAAGAAUUCCUUGUUUUUGAGACUUCAUCCAAAGGUGAGGAAGGCAGCUUUUUUAGCUCAGAAAGAUGCAAAGUUUUCAGAAGUACUUGAGAGCUCCAAGGAAAAAGCUGCAAGACUCAAGCACAGGGCAGCUUUAAGGCCUGGUUUGUUGAAGGCUCUUAGAGAGAAGCUUAAAGGAAUGAGCAAGAAGGAAGCAAUUGAACAGGUGGUUGCCAAGAGCAAUGCAAGCAAGAAGAAGAUUUCAGCAAUCUUCAAGCCUGGUGCAAAGACAAAGCCAUCCAUUUUCAAGAAAGCAGCUCUGAAAAACCUCAAGAAAAGCAAGGCAAAGAAGGAGGCAGACAAGGGCAUUCCAGCAGCCUUGAAGGCUGACAAGAAGAAAGAGUUGGAUGCAAUUGUUGAACUUCCUGGGGAGACAGUUUCAAGUCUUCUUGUCAAGCAAAAGACAUGGCUUCCAGUGAAGGAGUGGGCUCCUUUCAACAAGCUUUCAAGAAAAAGUAAAGGUGAAGCCCUUUACAUGAUUGGCUUGAAGCCAGAGCCCUUUGCAAGCGCUGGUGAUGAUUUGAUGGACCUUCCAAGUCAUGAUGAAAACUUUGAUUCUCAGCAUAUGCUGGUUGGCUUUGAGCUUUUGAGGUGGCAGUUCCAGGACUACUUGAAGGAGGUGGCCCUCAUAGACCCUUAUUUGACCACAAUGUAUUUGAGAGAUGAGGAUGUUCCACAAAGAGAGUUGUUGAAGAAGACCAUUCAAGACUUUGGGGAAUCAGAUUCGCGGGUGCUUCUUUGUCCAAUUUGGAGUGCCAAGACAAUUUGUCAUUGGACUCUGCUUACAGCUGAGAGGGUUGAAGGGAAGUGGUCUUUUAGGUACAGGGAUACCUUGGCAGACCCAGUAGAAGAUUCCUUGAAGAAGGCUUGCAGUAUAGCCAGCCUUUUGCAGAAGGAAGAG